AUGGAUUCCGAUCAUUAUGUCGUUUUAGGGUUACCCUCCGGCGAAGAAGGAGCCAGGCUUUCUGAUAAAGAGAUAGCUAAAGCCUACCGUGUAAAAGCUCUGGAGUUACAUCCCGAUAAAAGACCUAAUGAUCCAAAUGCAAACAUCUUCUUUCAGAAAUUGAAGGCUUCUUAUGAGAUUCUCAGGGAUAGGAAGACUAGGAAAGAAUAUGACUAUCGUCUCAGGGCGAGACGCGAUCGGACGGAGGAAAUUGCAGAAAUUCGUGCGAAGCAUAAGAGAAAACAGGAAGAGGAGUUAGCUUCCAGGAAUGCUAAAAGACGUGCCGCCGCUGCUACUCCGCCGCCUAUGCCGCCGCCGGGUUGGAGGGAAGAAAAUGAAGAUGGGCCGUGGAAGAGUCUUGAAAGGUUUCAGGCGUACGAAGAUUUAGUGUUAGGGAAUAUGAGAAGGGCUGCUGAAAGGCAAAGGAUGGCCCAAAGAGGUACUAAUGGCAAUGGAAAUUGA